UCUUGAGCUAUCUCACAUCAACAUUUUGGUUUUAGUAUCUCUUCACUCAGCCUUACAUAGCCGAAUUCUACUGUGGCAUAAGUAUUAUGGACUUGCUCAAGCUCCUCUACUUUCUCACACUUGUUUCUACAGGAGUUGUAGCAAAGCAUGCAGAUCUCGAAGUUUAUUGGAAAUCCAAGCUUCCAAACAGUCCGAUGCCCAAAGCUGUCAGAGAUAUCGUACGCAAUGGAAAGCCCCCGGGAGUUGGCAGUUUCAGCGUAAGACCAGACAUAUCGCCGUUGAAAAUAUAUAAAUACAUUGCGCAUUAUAGUCCUACCGAAGACCAACUCCAUUAUCACCAAAAAGUAACAGCUUUCUUCUUGAAAAAGGACCUCCAUCGCGGCUCAAGCGUGAAUAUGCAGUUUAUUGAAUCAGUGAAUGAUACUCCGGCCUUCUUACCCCGCCAGGUGGCCGAUUCCACUCCCUUCUCAUCCAAAUCUGUUCCUGAAAUUUUGAAUAAAUUCUCAGUGAACCCACAUUCAGCACAAGCCGAAGCUAUCAAGAAAACCAUAGCAGAAUGCGAGGAGCCUGCAAUUGAAGGGGAAGAUAAGUACUGUGCGACAUCUCUCGAGUCGAUGGUCGAUUUCACUACUUCAAAGCUCGGCAAAAAUGUUCUAGCAUUUUCAAAUGAAGCACCAAAAAAUGCAGGAAAAAUCCAAAAAUAUGGUAUUGUGGAUGUUUCCAAGCUGAACAAUGAUAAAGCAAUCGUUGAUGAUGAAUUGGUUGCAUGUCACAAGCAAAACUAUGUCUACGCAGUUUUUUACUGCCACAGCUUCCAGAACAUCGAUGCUUAUAUGGUUAACUUGGUUGGUUCUGAUGGAGCAAAAGUCAAGGCUGUGGUUGUUUGUCACAAGGACACGUCUUCAUGGGACCCCAGGCAUUUGGCUUUUCAACUGCUCAAGGUGAAGCCUGGAACUGUUCCAAUCUGCCAUUUCCUUCCCGGGGAUCACAUUGUGUGGGUUCCAAAGCACUAAAUAUUCCGCAGCAGCAGCUUGUUGAUAUCGCACGAGUGAUCAAUAUUUGUCGCUUUGAUGUUUUGUGUGUGGUCUUCUGCAGCCUGGGACUUCUAUUAAUUAUCUUCCCAUAAUUGAAUAAAUCCUUGUUUAGUCUCGUUUCUUCUGGUUGUAUUAAUUAUCAAUUAUGUCAGUGUAAUAUUCUCCAAAUGUAAAGGUACUAGGGGAAUCGAGUAUUUUUAUUGGUUCAGUUGUAUGCAAUGUUUUUAAACCCGGAUCGAGGAGUGAAACGAAAAAUCUUUCGAUUUACGGUUCAA